AUGAACUCGGUGUCGCCGGCCGCCGGGCAGUACCGGAGCGGGAGCCCAGAGGACGCGCGUCGUCCCGAGGGCCGCAGGCCGCGGGCCCCCCGACUCCCGGAUCCCAACGGCCUGGGCCGCCCCGGAACCAGCGCCCCCGCCCUUGGCUCGCCCAGGACUGCCUCCGGGGAGCCGGACGAGGUGGACAAGUUUAAGGCGAAGUUCCUGACGGCUUGGAACAACGUCAAGUACGGUUGGGCCGUCAAAAGCCGGACCAGCUUUAGCAAAAUCUCCAGUGUCUACCUCUGUGGCCGCCGCUACCGCUUAGAGGGCGAGGGUGACAUCCAGCGUUUCCAGCGGGACUUCAUGUCCCGCCUGUGGCUCACAUAUCGCCGGGACUUCCCACCACUUGCUGGGGGCUGCCUGACCUCAGACUGCGGCUGGGGAUGCAUGUUACGCAGCGGGCAGAUGAUGCUGGCCCAGGGCCUGCUGCUGCACUUUCUGCCCAGAGACUGGACAUGGGCCGAGGGCCCAGGCCUGGUCCCGCCUGAGCUGUCUGCAUUGGCUUCUCCCAGUCGGCCCCGCAGUCCUGCCCGCUGGGGGCCCCCCCGCUGGACCCACAGCACCCCUGAGCUGGAGCAGGAGCACCGGCACCGGCAGAUUGUUUCUUGGUUUGCUGACCAUCCCCGAGCCCCCUUUGGUCUACAUCGGCUGGUCGAGCUCGGGCAGAGCUCAGACAAGAAGGCGGGUGACUGGUAUGGGCCAUCACUGGUCGCGCACAUCCUCAGGAAAGCUGUGGAGAGCUGCUCAGAGGUCACUCACCUGGUGGUGUACGUUUCUCAGGACUGCACAGUGUACAAGGCGGAUGUGGCACGCCUGGUGGCCAGGCCAGACCCCACAGCCGAGUGGAAGUCUGUGGUCAUCCUGGUGCCAGUGCGGCUGGGUGGCGAGACUCUCAACCCCGUGUACGUGCCCUGUGUGAAGGUGGGUGCAGCCAGGUUCUCCAUUGACUCCAUCCGGGAGCCCUACAUAUAUGUUCAUCUUGGGUUAGGGUCCAUUUGUACUCCUUCAGUCCCAUCAUCUUCCUUUCAUUGCACCUCACCACGCAAGAUGGCCUUUGCCAAGAUGGACCCAAGCUGUACUGUGGGGUUUUAUGCUGGAAACAGGAAGGAGUUUGAGACACUGUGCUCAGAGCUGAACAGGGUCUUAAGCUCCUCCUCGGCCACAGAGAGAUACCCCAUGUUCACCCUGGCUGAGGGCCACGCUCAGGACCACAGCCUGGAUGACCUCUGCUCUCAGCUCUCGCAGCCAACGCUGAGGCUCCCUCGCUCAGGGCGCCUCCUCAAGGCCAAACGCCCUAGCUCUGAGGACUUUGUGUUUUUAUAA